UGGCCGCCCGCGGAGGGGAGGCUGCUGAGCGAGGGCAGGAGGACUACUUCCCAGCACCCCAGCCUCCUGUCAUGUCCAACCCCAUCACGCUGAACGUCGGGGGCAAGCUCUACACAACCUCCCUGGCAACCCUAACCAGCUUCCCUGACUCCAUGCUGGGUGCCAUGUUCAGUGGGAAGAUGCCCACUAAGAGGGACAGCCAGGGUAACUGCUUCAUUGACCGGGAUGGCAAAGUGUUCCGCUACAUCCUCAACUUCCUGCGGACCUCCCAUCUGGACUUGCCUGAGGACUUCCAGGAGAUGGGCCUGCUCCGCAGGGAAGCCGACUUCUACCAGGUGCAGCCCCUGAUUGAGGCCCUGCAGGAGAAGGAAGUGGAGCUCUCCAAGGCAGAGAAGAAUGCCAUGCUCAACAUCACACUGAACCAGCGUGUGCAGACGGUCCACUUCACUGUGCGUGAGGCACCCCAGAUCUACAGCCUCUCCUCCUCCAGCAUGGAGGUCUUCAACGCCAACAUCUUCAGCACCUCUUGCCUCUUCCUCAAGCUCCUUGGCUCCAAGCUCUUCUACUGCUCCAAUGGCAAUCUCUCCUCCAUCACCAGUCACUUGCAGGAUCCCAACCACCUGACUCUGGACUGGGUGGCCAAUGUGGAGGGCCUGCCAGAAGAGGAGUACACCAAGCAGAACCUCAGAAGGCUAUGGGUGGUACCUGCCAACAAGCAGAUCAACAGCUUCCAGGUCUUUGUGGAGGAGGUGCUGAAAAUUGCCCUGAGUGAUGGCUUCUGCAUUGAUUCUUCUCACCCACAUGCCCUGGAUUUUAUGAACAAUAAGAUUAUUCGAUUAAUACGAUACAGGUAAAAGGACUCUAGCAACAUUGGAAGGGUGGGGUCCCAAGAAGUACCAUGUCAGCCAAGAUCUUGGAAAGAGUCUCUCCAGUGGUGUAAGGCAGGGUACUAUACUAAUACGUAUUAAUCACAUAGCAGGACUUGAUUCCCCCUGAUGUAGCCUACCUUUUGGAAUUCACAUGUCCUCUGAACAGAAAAACCUUUUUCUUGCUGUUUUAAGCUGGAGAUGAAUAGUUUAUCAUGACAGUGAAGAGGCAGCUGACAUACAAGGGAGGCCACAAGAGGGCUCUCACUGAGGCAGGGGAGCAGUAGUUUUUUCAUGGUUUCCAUCUCUCUCUGGACCAUUAGCCAGUGCCUCACUUACCCAUCUGUAAAAAGGGUCCCUGGCAGAAGGAAUGUAGUGAGAACAAGAGGCUCAUUUCAGUUUUCCAGGACACAAAGUACCCAGAGAUUCCCAUGACGCCUGCUCCUCCAUCCCUGGGAUGCGUCCAGGGCCCUGGACUUUUUUGCCUAGGAGAUGACCAUGUUUGAUUCCUUGGAAAUGCAUUCUCAGGGUCAUGCCCGUGGUACCCGCCAGAAGAAAUUUGAGCUGUGACAUGGCCUGGAGGGUGAAGCACCAGGCAGUGUUCAGAAGGUGGGGCUGUCCCCCUUAACUGGGCCAAAUCUAGGCAUUUGGGGAUUUCUGGCAUCAGAAAUGGGCUGCUGUUCAUGCAAGGAUUUGAAAGUAUCUGGAGUCAGUGGUGAAAGGCACUUCAUAAUCUGGCCUGUUACCUGGUUUUUUUUUUUAAUCUUUCCCAAAAAAUGUGAGGUAUGAUUGAAACAGGUCAUUUUUAACAAAUAUAUUACGGAAUCUCAGGGUUGGAAAAUAAUUCAAAAGUCACUUAGUCCUCCCCAGUCCCCAGCACACUGAUGAGCACGAUUUGGGGGUGAGCACCCCUUCCUGAGUACCUCCCAAGCAAUCACCUGUUCCAGCUCACAUGCCUCCUGAUAGGAAGUUUGCCAUCCCCAGGGCAGCCCCUGCCAUGGUUGGACAGCACUUGCAUGUUAUAAAGUUCUUCUGUAUUGAAACAAAAUCUGCCCUCCUGCCACUUCGAUUUGCUGGUCUUGGUUCCAAGCCUUCCCUCAUACCCAAAUGUGUGUCUUCUAUUUCAAAAUAGUCACCUUGAAGCCAGACACUUGUUCUGAAAAUAUUACUACUCAGAAUUAGGCUUCCCCUUUGGGAUGUGUCUUCAGAACCAAGUUAGCUCCCUUCCAUCCCCUGUAAGUCAACCCCAUUUUGUUACGGCUCCGCCUUGCUCAUGACCCCCAUUUCACCCCUCUAUCUCACCAGCCUUGGCUUCACAUACCCUUUGGUCAUUUUCUGUCGGAGGAUGAAGAUUUGAUGCCCCUGAGGAGAUCCAGAGGAGGGAGACCAGGGUCUUGGAGGGCAGUAUGCAGCAAGGAGCCCAGGAGUGGUCUGAACAAUAUGGUACCCUUAGAGUAAGUGUGCAGCCCCUAAGACACUGCUCUGAAGGAGGUGGCCUUCCCCUGCAGUACUGUAUCUGAAGAUAAUUGACCCAUGGGCAAGCAAAAUCCUAACCCACCACUUCCCAGAGGAUGCUGAGCAGUGUAGGCCUCAAAACUGCACACUAUGAUUUAUCCUGGAGCACAUAUGACCUUGGGAGUGCCUGGAGUCUUGCCCACUGAGCAGGGGCCCUCAGACAAAGCGAAGGAAGCCUAGUGACACACAUGUCCACAGGAGAUGGGCCAAGCAAGGGGUUUACCACAGUUAUACCCUUUGAGUGGAGAGGUUUUAUGCGGGGCCUUGGGCAAGGAUGGGUCUGUUAGGCAAUGAAGGCCUUUUCCCAGUUCAGUGGGAUCCAAAGGUCUAUGUGACAGUUGUCCCAGGCCACCAGGCUGACAGUACUCAGGGAAGCCCCUUAGAAGAACCCAGUUUAGUCCAUACAGCAGAAUCCAUUACCACGACCAAGCAGAGCUUGGAAAAGAAACUUCGUCCAUCACAGCUGCCCUUUUUUCUCUCUGUAAAGCUUCUCUUUCUCCACCUUUUUGGUGCUUUCUAAUUCAAGCAGCUUGACUUUAGAGGAAGUACAGGACCUGUGAAGCCACUAAUGUGCUGGGUGACUUUAUGCAAGUCAUCCACCUCACUGAGUCACCUCAGUUUCUUCAUCUGUGAAAUGCAUUACAAUAAUAUAUAACCCUACCUACCUCACAGGGCUGUUGUGAGGAUCAAAUGAAAUAAUGUAUGUGAGAAUGCAGUAUAAAUGAUAAGCUUUGUGUCUGCUUAAAAGGGGGCAGUGGUGGUUCAGUGGUCGAAUUUUCACCUUCCACGUGGGAGACCUGGGUUCAGUUGCUGGCCAAUGCGCAUCAAGCACAGCCACCACCCGUCUGUCACUGGAAGCUUAUGUGUUUCUGUAAUGUUGGACAGGUUUUAGCACAGCUUCCAGAUUAAGAUGGGCUAGAAGAAAGGCCUGAUGAUCUACUUUCAAAAAAUCAGCCAAUGAAAAUCUGUGGAUCACAACGGUCCAAUCCUGCAUGGGUUCUCCAUGAGUGGGUGGCCAACUCAACAUAAAGGAAGAAACCUUGACCUUGAUUUGGCUCCAUCAUUUGCUAUUUAACCUUGGACAAGUUGCUGAGCCUCUCUGUUUUCUCAUCAAAUAGCAAUCACUACCUCCCAGUGUUACACAAAUCAGUGUGUGUGAAAAUUCCUAGCCAGGGACUGGUACAUUGUUAUUGGGUGCCAGUGAGUCAAUUUUGACUCAUAGCAACCCCAUGUGACAAAGUAGACCUGCCUUACGUAGCCUCACUAUGAGCUGGAAUUGAUGGCAAGGGUUUGGUCUUCUUGAUUUUUAUAGGGUUUUCUAGGCUAUAAAUCUUUACCGUCCAGUGCCACAAAGGUGGAGCCCUGGUGGUGCAGUAGUUAAGAGGUUGGCUGCCAACCAGAAAGUAUGCAGUUCAAAUCCACCAGCUGCUCCUUGGAAACCCUAUGGGACAGUUCUGCUCUGUUCUGUGGGGUCACUAUUAAGUCGGAAUCGAUUCAGCAGCAACGGGUUUAGUUUUUAGGUUUUGGUGCAAAGGUUAAGCGCUGGGCUGCUAACCAAAGGUUGAUGGUUCAGGCCAGCUCAGCAGUUCCUUGGAAGAAAAGACCUGGCAAACUGCCCCUGUAAAGAUCACAGCCUAUCAAACCUUAUUGGGCAGUUCUGCUCUGUCACAUGGGGUCACUAUGAGUCAGAAUUGACUCAACAGUACUUAACAACAGCAACAAAUCUUAAUGGGAUCAGAUUGCCGGGUCUUUUCUCCAGUGGAGCCGGGUGGGUUUGAACUUCCAGCAUUUCCGUUAGCAGCCAAGUGCUUAACCACUGCGCCACCAGGGCCUGGCACAUAGUAGCUCAAUAAAAGCCUAUUCUUUCAGGAGGUAGUAAGGAAGGACUACUGUGCGUGGACUAGGAAUCCCAGAGAGUGUAAGUUAACAAGCCUUUAUGGAGCACUGGGUAUGUGGCCCAAAAGGUAAGAACAGCCAGAAAUAAGAUCUGUCUGUGGAAAGAGCAUAGGGGUUCACACAAAGUGCUGUGGGAACUUAAGGAAAGAGAGCUCAAUUCUCAGAAAGGGCUUUAUGGAUGGCUGAGCUGGGGAUUUGAGGGGAGAUUGGGUUUUGACAACAAGCUAAGGAGGGCGCCGUGGACAUGGGAAGGAACAAGAGCAGAGAGAGGCCUGAAAGCCAGGCAGCAGAGGGCGAUUCCAGGAAGGGGAAGCAUUCACGUGCAGCCACAACACAGGGGUAGCGACAGGUGGUAUGUUUAGGGUAAUCAUAUCACACACACAUCUAACUUAGGUGAGUUAAGCCAUCUGCAAUACAAGGGGAUGCUAGGUGUGCAGGCAGUGCCAUUACAGUGGCCAGGUGAAUGUGAACAGCGAGAGAGAUGUCCUUCCUCCUGUCAGCACCUCACCGCCCUGAGUGAGACCCGACAGUGACCUCCAUGGGACUCAGUUUAUCCUUUUGCAAUCCUAAGAGCUUUGUCCCAAAUAAAGGGCUCAUUCCAAGCAUACAUCGGCUGGUAGCUCUGUUCCUGCCCAGGGUAUGGCCCCAGGCUUGCAGAGAGACUGCCAGCAA